AUGGUCAAAGAGGUUAUUCAAAUUCAUUUAAAGUUGCCGCGAGAUCUGAAAAAAGCUUACACAAAAAAUGUUUACCAGUUCUAUCAUGAGUUCUUUCCCGGAGUCCAGGUUCAUCGGAGAGGCAAAAUUUAUGUCAGUGAUUUGGACAAAGCACUAAAAGGGGCCGCUCUCACUCACUAUGGCCCGGGAAGGAAGUACUAUGAAAAGCUCCUAACCGAAAUGCAGCGAGCUCAAGAAACGGCUGAUCAGGAGCUAAGAAGCGAAGGUCAGAAAUGCCCGAUGAUAGACUUCUACGCCGCCCGCGAUUUUAUUGUCAGAAUGAAGCGAAUCAUCGCUUGUGUGGACAACGGUUAUAACGUACUGAAAACAUUUAAUUAUGACCCUGACGACUGGGCUACCUUUUAUCAUACAGCCCAACGAUUUUACCAAAACUACCACGAAAUGAUCACAACAAAUGACGGGUCAGUCGACAUGGACGAAGUAAGAAAGACAUAUUCAGAUGCAAAACGACGAUUUCCAAACAGCAAAGCAUUUGAGGAGACUGCUGAUGAACAUGUAGAAAUCGUCAAAGCUAGAUACGACCUUGACAACAGUGGCGAGCUGACUUUCGGCGAAGCUCGCGAAUGGAUUCUUUCUUUCGCAUGGUUCUUUGAUGGAGACAAGGUCAAAGAAGAAGAAGAAGCAGCCGACACGGAUGCUGAAGAUACUCCUUGUGGAGAAGAGCUUAGAAGCCCUACUCCUUCUUAUUCUUCUGAAUCGAUUCCAUCAUCUGUCGACGAGGAAGAAUCAAUCGUGGUAGAAGCAGAACUAGAAUCGCCAAUCAACGAAGGAAUAGUAGCAGAUAUAACGAUGGCACGCGACACAGUAAUAAAAAUGAAGCUUGUCAACCAGAAAAUCCACCGCAGCUUGAAACUCGCGUCAACGCACGUGAGAGAAAGACGUUCAGGAAUGCUGAGGUCUCUCUACCAAAAAUCUGCGUCGAAAGCCAAAACCCGAUCUGGGAAGACAAUAACGCACGUUGGCGCCGAGCGUGUUUAUUUUACGACGCUAGGUAUGAAUAUUGUGACCGCGCUGGACAAGGGUUACGAUGAGACACUUUUUAAUGCGACCAAAUCGAUCGAAUGCUAUGUCGAAGACUGCCUUCAUGCUCUCAAGCAGAUUAUGAACGUUCUUGAUCAGGAGAACUUCGCUGAAAUCGUUGAUGGUCAAACAAUGGAAGCUACAAGCAAAAUGGUCGCAAACUAUUUCAAGCCACCAAAGUUCAAAAAAUAUGAAACAGACUUCCGAAAAUGGGGAGGGAAAGCAAAGAGCAAUAUUCUCGACAGCUUGAGUGGAAUGACGCUGGAAGAGAAGGUCGACCAUGAUAAAGACAAGAUUUACAAAGGAAUUACUGCUGACUACAUGGUUUUAAAAAAUUCGAAAAUGAACCCGCUUCCUCGAGCUGCAAAGGAAAUAUCAAAAACGCAGUGGAACUCAUAUUUUGGAGAAGUAGCAGGAAGUGCACUGACUUCUUUCCGGGAGGAAAUGAUGGAUACUAUAAAUCACAGAAUUACGAUGCUGAACAAGUUCAUAGCUAGCAAGGUUGAAUUCUUGGGUAAUGCCAGUCGAGCUAUCAACGAGGUCGAGGAUGGUUUAUGGACAUAUUCUAUCAAAGAAUUAACCGCUCGUGUCGCCAUUGAGAACCUGGCCGACGACAAUAUGGAUCUAGUUCAUGCUCUAAUGAAGGAGGAUUCGAAGAGUCUUUACAAGCGAGAGAAAGAAGGAAGUUCUGCAGCUUUUUCGAGCAUUGCGCGAGAUGUUAGACCUCGUGAAUAA